GCCGGGAGCCAAUGGGAGAGGGGCGCGCGAGGGGGCACGUCGCAUGCCGGCGUGACGUGGCCGGGCGCCGGGCUGCGCGCGCAGAGGGCGAGUCUCCUGCCGGGUCCGCCUAGGCGAGGGCUGGGCUAAGAUGGCGGCGCCCGUCCUGCUGCGAGUGUCGGUGCCGCGCUGGGAGCGGGUGGCCCGCUACGCCGUCUGCCUGGCCGGCAUCGCCCUCUCGCUCUACGCCUGCCACCUGGAGCGCGAGAAGGGCCGCGAUCUGGGCUACCGGGCCCUCUGCGACCUCAGCGAGCGCGUCCGCUGCUCCGCCGCCCUCGCCUCCAGAUGGGGCCGCGGCUUUGGCCUGCUGGGCUCCAUUUUCGGAAGGGACAGUGCAAUCAACCAGCCCAACAGCGUCUUUGGACUCGUCUUCUAUGUACUACAGAUGUUACUGGGUAUGACAGCGAGCGCUGUCGCAGCACUCGUCCUCAUGAUGUCCUCCAUAGUCUCCGUCAUCGGGUCCUUGUACCUGGCCUACAUUCUGUACUUUGUGCUGAAGGAAUUCUGCAUUAUCUGUGUCGUCACAUACUUGCUGAACUUCACUCUUUUUAUCAUCAACUACAAACGACUAGUUUACUUGAACGAGGCGUGGAAGCGGCAGCUCCCGCCCAAACAGGACUAACUCCCCGGUGAACUCUUGACAGACAGUCUGAAGACCCGACUGAAGCUUAUUUCAUGGUUUCAAACAAUACAUUAUUAUUAUUUUUUAUUCUCCAUAUCAGAUGCUUCCCCCCCCCACCGCCCCACUCCCCCGAGAAUCAUAACUGGUUUGAUUCCCGUUAGCCGAAAGACGGGGCCCUGAAUUAAAUAACCCCUGUGCGAAUCCUGCAUUCAGUGAAGCUUCCCAGGACGUUCCGACCCAAUCAGAGGCGAGCUUUGACUCUGCUUGGAAAGAGUUCUUAGCUGCAAAUCCUUUGCUCCCGGAGAUUUCAGGUUGGUAACACUAGCUAGGAAGCCCCGCCUGGAUUCGGUUGGGAGGUCCAAAUGGGAGACGCGAUCAUGAGAACCCUUCUAGACUUUAGCGGCACCGUGUGGGAAGGUUGCCGUGUCUACCUGAUGUGCAUCCGUGGCCGAGGAGCUCUGAAAGGCGCCAUGAGGACUAGAACACCGACCGCAACCUUGUACAUAACGCUAGAAAGGACGGGCUGCAUCCUUGCGGGGCGGGAUGCUCGGCCGGUUUUAUUUAGAAGCUUCGCGACUUGAAGAAUCGUUCAUUGUCUUAUUGGGAGAUUUUUUUUUCCUCUUUCCUUUUUCUUUUUGAAGCGGCGGACGAAAUGAGCCCGUUUCUGGAGGAGACCGUUCGGCUGAGAUUCCGCUCCCCUGUGCCCUUGGUUCUGGCGUGUCUUCCGGAAACGGAAUUUGGUGGCCAACGGCGUGCCCCUGCUAGAAGCGGCGGAGCGGAUUCCUGUUCUCGUACGAGUUCUGCUGCAGCUGGCAAAGAUCUUCUGUGAGGAGACUACUGAGGGAUGUGAUUGCGGGUGUGUGUGUGUGUGUCUCUCUCUUAACUGGGCAGGGGGACCGCUCCGCAUAGAGGAAAUGGGUCCAGAAACGCGGUUUCGCGGGCAGAGCUGGCCGUGCGUUUUGAACUCGUGUCAGGCGGCCAAAAUAGUAUUACCGGCUUGGUUUCUAGCAUGGAGCUGCUUUUACACUGGACGCCAGUGACUUAGCUGGUAAACCGAUGCACUGAAGACGAUGUCGAAGGCCCCUUAGUUUCAGUGGGCCUGCAGCGCGCGCUUCCCAAGCAAGCCCCACGGCGGGCGUAGCUGUGAGGCCCCAGGGCACUGUUGCUUUGGUUUCACUGGCAUUUGGGCCGGAAACUUUUGACAUGGGCAGAUGCCUCUAGAGACACAGCAGUUCAGGAUAUGUCCCUUGGGGUGUCAGUUAGCGUGGGGCCAUGGGCUCCUCCCCGCCCCUCCGACCCCCAAAGUGGGGCAGGGCUGAUGUUGAAGGGAACCAGAUGGAAUCCAUUUGGGGUGGACGGGAUGCUCGGGAAACGGUUGCACUGGAGACGGCCUGUUUGAACCCAUUGCAGAUCACUGUGGCUUUUUAUUGCAUUGUCUUUUCCUCCCCGUCCGUGUUGUCCGGAAAUGCCGUGUGUGUUUGUUUUUAAAAAGUGCCUUCUGUCUUUAGAGAAAACGAAACGAAACAAACAAACAAAAAAACCAAACCAAAUAUUGGGGCUGUUUGAAGCUUGGGAGGCAGAAGUGUUCAUACGCCGAUAACUAUUUGCAGUAUGUAUAAAUUGGAAGAGAGAGGUCUGUAGUGUUUCAAACGAAACGGAUCUUUGCAGCGCGUGGUGAGCACUUUUUUGCGAGGCUCCAUGCCUACUGGCUGAGUAGUACCAUGAAGGCAGGGUCCCCGCACCCCCUCCUCCCAGACGGCUUCAGCCGCCCAGCUGCUGUUGGACUCCAACUCCCAUCCUCCCUGACUUUGGGCCACUGUCGCUAGGGAUGAUGGGAGUUGGAGUCCGACAGCUGCGUGGGUGGGGGGGAGGCGAAGUCAGGCACCUCUCUCGGAGGACAUGCCCAGGAGGCAGGAGUGCGGAUUCUGGGGGUACCUUUGGACACGUCGGAAGCACUGGUACAUCAGAACCCUAACCGGCAUGCCCUGGGACUGGGUUCUGCUUCCUCUCCUGCGGUUCUGCCGUCAUCUCCCAUCAUCCCCCACUGUUGGCCACGGUGGCCGAGGAUCUUGGGAGCUGUAGUCAAGAGAGCCGCGUUGCCAUUGGUCCCGAGUUGGAAGCAGCCGUCGGAAUCAGCAACUACCUAAGCCCUGCCACAUGCUGGCUCAGCUUAGGACUCCUUUGCGAAUCAGCCAAAAGUAUUGCUGUAUUUCGGGCCAGUCCUUCUGGACGAGUCAUCCUGGCAGUUGCUGGGGAUGCUAGUAUUAGGGGCAGACGGUGCCGGAGUACAGCUUGGGGCAGUUACAGGGUAACGGAAUCAGCCAGGUGGCCACUUUUUCGAUGCCUGUAGCCCUAAGCAGACUUUCAGGCUGGUACUCUAUAUACCCACUGGGAAGAGGCCAUCUCCUACCAUAAGGGCAUAUUUUAUAUGACCCCUGAAUAUUGCAUAUUUUAUAUAACCCCUGAAUAUUACAGAUAGUGUCUGAAACGUGCCAAAUACAUUGGUAACAGAAUCAAGAUUUUCGGGCCUCAUUUCUGAUUCCGUUACUGACGUGUUUUGUGCUUUUCAGCCGCUAUAAUAUUUAAGGGUUUUGUUAAAAGAAAUUAUGCAGGAGAUGUUCUUCUGCCAAUGGAUAACGAUAAUCAGUUUGAAAACUUGCUUAUGGCUCCAGUCAUUUAAAAACUGACUGUAGCAGGUAACAUGCCUGCUUCCGUUACUCUUGGAAUUGCCCCGGUUGCAUGGGACCUCUGGCAUCCUUUGCAAGGGAUUCUGGGCCUCACUUCUUGGUCACAUAGUGUCGCACUGGGCAAGAAUCGCUUGCUCAUGCUGGGUCACAUGCUGGGGUUUUGGGCUACAAUUCCCAUCAUCCCCUGCUGUUGUGGCCGGGGGAUGCUGGGAGUUGUAGUCCAAAACCAAUAAGUUACCCAAGCCUGAUCUCUGCCGUAUCAGGCGAAAAAGGAAGUCCCUUUCUCCCGAGCGUGCCAAUGCCAUAGUGCGGGUUCUACAGUUUCCCCGCUGGUGGUGCUAGAUUUUCUCUUGCCUUCCCGUCUGGCAGGAUUCACCUUCUCCAAAAGCCUCCUUGGCCGCAGGGAGGAGGGGGGACCCAAAACGAAACACCCCACCAUCCAUUCUGUGUCUCACUACUUUCCUCCUCAUAGGUCUACGUGAGAGAUCCUUCUUUCGGUGUACCCUUUUUAAAAACGAGGGGAGGGGGAACCCCGACCUUCCGGUGUUAAUGAAAUCCUCUCCUGUGUUUGUGGAAGUGCAGUCUUGUGUUCCGUGAAACCAGCGCGCCUGCCCGGGAUGACAGUAUUUAAAUGUCUGCCAAAUGAACUUUCCGACGAGGGCCGAACACAAGGGUGGUGACGCCGUUUCCCUGUGUACCCGUUUGCGUGAGAAGACCAACACUAAGAGACCCGCUUGAUCCGUUCAAAAGGUUUCUCCGUGGGAAAAACCCAUCUCGUGUUGACCAGUUAAAGCUUGUCUUGAACUUUUGAAACUAGAGGUGGCGGGUGUGUGUGUGUGUGUGUGUGUGUGUGUUGAGCCUUCUGUCAUGUUUGCUGGGGGACCGUCCAGUAUUUGCACGCGCCCACUCCCCAUGGGGAAGAUGCCAGCCGGCUAGAAAUCCUGCUCUGAAACAUUCCUGUAGUGGCGAAACGUAUUUAUUGUGUUUUCUUCGAUGGCAUAUCCAAGGGUCUGAUGGGGAAAGAGGAGGCUCUGAUCUCGGCCGUCUGGUUUUCUUGCUUGGGCUUGCCCUUGGGGUGUCGGGGCGUUAUUCAGAUGUUCUUUCUGGGGGUGGGGCUGCCCCGUCUUGCUCCUUCCCCAGCCCCUCAUUCUGCCUGCUGGAACGUCUUGCCUUGGGGAGCCUCUGGCUUUCGUCUCCUUGUUGUGUUUUUCUGUUCAGGAACAGGUCCGAGAAGGGAAUCUGUAAUCUUCUGUCGAACCUUGGUUCAGAAUCUAGUUUAGGUGAGCAGGCAGCCAACGGGCUCUCCAAUGGGCUCAGCCCAUGUUGUUGGGCGUCUUCCUCGCCCUUCCGUGGUUAUCUGGGCUGAAGCCAGGGGCUUCUCGAACGUGGCUCCCCAGAUGUUGAUGGGCUACAACUCCCAAGGACCUGUUGGCUGUUGUGGCUGGGAAGAAUGGGAGUUGUAACCCACCGACAUCUGGGGACCCAAGUUUGGGAAUGCCAGCCUUAGAGACUGACGGAUCAAAGUGUUGAGCACAUCUGUUCCUGGAUUACAACUCCCAUGGUCAUCCCUGGCCACGGUCGCCAAAGGCCCUUGGGAGUUGUAGGCCAACUGUAUCUGGGAACCCACAUUUGAGAAGCCCUGCCUUAGAGACCAGCAAGUUAAUCUGGAGUCCCCAGAUGUUGCCAGACGACAACUCCCAUCAUUCCCUGCCACAGUGGCCGAACGCCCUUGGGAGUUGUGGUCCACCGACAUCUGCAGGCCCAAGAUGGAAAACCCCUGCCUUAGAGACUGCUGGCGUAAUCUGGGCGUUCUCAAACUUGGGUCCCCAGAUGUUGGUGGACUGCAACUCCCAUCGUCCCCUGCCACACUGGCAAGAGGCUCUUGGGCGUUGUAGUCCUUUAGCAGCUGGGGAGGGGGACCCAAGUUUGAGAACCUCUGGCUUAAGCCAUCUAAGGAAACCGCGGUUAACAGAGGUGUCCGAACAGACCGGCUGCUCUCUGGGUCCUCCCCGUGCUCUGCCCACCCAGUUAAACAAAAACUGACACACCCACCCAGAAGUAGGCUCCACCCCCUUCAGCAGUCUGAGCUAGGCCCCGCCCACCAUGGUUGCAAGUGCCUGUGAAGGAGGCCAGUCGCCGUGCUGAGAGGCUACGAAAAGGUGGGGUCCUCGUUUACCUGGCUGCGGUGUCCGUUCUGCCUUCAUGAGGGAUAGCGCCAUGGGGGAGCAGCUGAGGCGGUGCAUGAUAUGAAGACUGCUGCUGGGGCGGCCUGCCUGCCUUCCUGUCCCACAGGUCGUCCAACGGUUUCCUUUAGGGUUGCUGAGUCAACAGCUGUGCAGCAUGAGGCCCCCUGCACAAUAAGAGCAGCGCUGCAGAAAGUGUUACGGUCCCAGGAUUACCUCCGUUUCUAGUCUCAGGGCGUUCCCAUGUUCUUUCAGGGAUAACCACCCAGGUCAUUCCUGUAGACUAAUCUCAUAUCCCCCCCCGCCCCGCCCCGCCCCUACAAAACAACUCCCGUUUGUUGGGAUCUGUGAAUCUGCCCCAUUAAGUCCUGUAGACCAGGGGGUCCCCAACCGGUGGUGCUCCAGAUGCAUCUAGACUACAACUCCCCCGUCCUCUGCUGUUUGUUGUGGCAAGGGGUGAUGGGAGUUGUAGUGCAGGAACAUCUGGGGCACCCCCUGCUGUGGGAUAUAUUUGGCACACCCGUGGGCUGUUGGGCCGUUUUCGGAGGCAGUGGUGUAAGGCCGCCGUGGGUCACAGACGUCCACCUGUAUUCCUGAUGGAUCUCUAACAUCACUCAGAGUGGAUAAUCUCCACAUUUCCGCAAGGAAAUGUUAACCGGGGUGAUCUUUGGAGACAGGAAGGCUCCAACCCACUCCGGCCCCAAUUCAAAUUCUCCGGCUAGCCCUAUUCGGCUGGCAUCUCGUUUCAGUGGGGUGAAGUGGGAAGAGAAAUGCAGAGGCUUUAGAGUGAUUCCCGAUGGGGACACGCACCCCAGAAUGGGGCAAAGAAUUUCCGGGAGUUAUUUGGGUUAUUUUGCAGCCCGAUCUGGGUCUCUGGUCUAGAAAUGGCUCGGUAUCGGGAUAGCCCCAUGCCUCCUGUUCUGUGGAACAAAACUUUGAAGCUGAAACCAGUUUAAACUUCGGGGUCUGCCAACAUGCUUUUAAGCCCCACCUAGCAAAACUGAAGUUGCAAACAAGGUGAAGUAUUCCGUUACCAUUUUUUUAAAAAAAACAAAAACCCACAAAACUGUAUUAAGCAUGGCCUAAAUAUUUGAUGUGUGUUCUGUCUCGUACGUUCGAUCUGACCAAUUUUAUGACCUGCUUCGAACUCCGGUCUGUCUGUGUCUCAAGCGGAGUUUGCCCACCCGCCCCCAUUUUUACGUUGGACAUCAGAUCGUUACAUUCUGAGGUCGAGAAUCCAGUUUUGCUAACAGAGGAAUUCUAAACCAACACCCACCUGUAAAUACUGUAAGAAUGUUUAUUUGUUGCACAUAACUUUUUUGGUAUAAAAAUAAAUGUAGAAAUGAUC